GACAGCCUAGUUGGUAAAGGGCUGUGUUUCGGGCUUGAGAUGUGACAAUGUUCCAGGUUCGAAUCCCAGUACUGUCUUCUUGGUGUUCCCGGAGGCACCCUUGGUACAUGAGACGAAGUCUUACUGAUGACGGUAACACAACGCCGGACACUACACCUGGACAAAAUCCUUGAUGAUUAGUAUGCAGGUACCCCAGGUUUAGUAGGCCCCGAUGUCACUCAUGAGGCAUGUGGGUUGCUGAUGUUACCGGAUUAUCAAAUAAUAAAAAAUAAAACUUUAAACCCGUUUGACAAUUGCAGCCUGCAGGUCGAAACGUAUCGAGCAACGAGCAGUUACCAAUCCCGCAGCUUCGACAAUCGAGUUAUCGACACGAAACUCCACCCACGAAUCCAUCUAGGCGUUGUCUUCACUUGGGUUACUUCGGAGGAAAGAGGCUUCACAAAAUCUCUUGGUCCGCCCCAAAACCCUCUCCACUGACGAGAUCCGCUCCAAUGGCGAAACUCGCGAUCUUCUUCACUCUCACACUCUCACUUCUCCCCUUCCUCUCCCACUCCUUCUCGCCGGACACCCCGACCGACCGCCGGAUCUUGGUAUUGCUCGACGAUUUCUCCCUCAAAUCCUCGCAUUCCAUCUUCUUCACCUCCCUCAAGUCCCGUGGCUUCGAUCUCGAUUUCAAGCUCGCCGAUGAUCCCAAGCUCGCCCUCCAGAGAUAUGGCCAGUACUUGUACGACGGCUUGAUCCUAUUCGCCCCCUCAGUUGAGAGGUUUGGAGGUGCAUUGGACGUUGCAGCUGUGCUUGACUUCGUUGACUCCGGUCAUGAUUUGAUCGUUGCCGCUGAUACUUCCGCUUCUGAUUUGAUCAAGAGUGUCGCGACGGAGUGCGGAGUCGAUUUCGAUGAGGAUCCUUCAGCUAUGGUUAUUGAUCACCAAGGCUAUGCAGUGUCCGAUGUUGAUGGUGAUCAUACGCUGAUUGCAGCUGAUGAACUAAUAAGAUCGGAUGUGAUCCUCGGAAAGACUAAAAUUGAGGCUCCAGUUCUCUUUAAAGGUAUCGCGCAUUCUCUGAAUGCUGCAAACACUCUGGCAUUGAAAGUCCUAUCUGGUUCUCCAUCAGCAUAUUCAGCUAAUCCAUCUGCCAAGUUGUCAAGUCCGCCGUCGCUGACUGGAUCUGCAAUCUCGUUGGUUUCAGUUGUGCAGGCAAGGAACAAUGCCCGUAUUAUGAUAUCUGGGUCGUUGGAUUUGUUCAGCAAUCGGUAUAUGAAAUCAAGUGUGCAGAAAGCUGGGAUUCCUUCAAAGUAUGAAAAGUCUGGAAAUGAGCAGUUUGUGACUGAAGUUAGCAAAUGGCUUUUCCAUGAAAGAGGUCACUUGAAGGCUGGAAACCUCAGACACCUAAAAGUCGGGGAGACUGGAGAACCUGCAAUGUACAGGAUCAAAGACGAUCUUGAAUUUUAUGUGGACAUUUUUGAGUGGUCUGGGAAUAGCUGGGAGCCAUAUGUGGCUGAUGAUGUUCAGGUUCAGUUCUAUAUGAUGAGCCCAUAUGUAUUGAAAACUCUAUCAACUGACAAGAAGGGUCUUUACCAUACAUCGUUCAAGGUGCCUGAUGUAUACGGAGUCUUCCAAUUCAAGGUUGAAUACCAGAAGCUUGGGUACACUAGUUUGUCACUUUCUAAACAGAUUCCGGUUCGCCCCUUCAGACACAAUGAGUAUGAGAGGUUCAUCCCAACUGCCUUCCCAUAUUAUGGAGCUUCCUUUACCACGAUGGCUGGGUUCUUUAUCUUCAGCGUCGUCUACCUAUACAACAAGUAAGCUCCAACAGGGAGCUGAACCGUGCACUAGGAUGGUUGGUCGGCCACCCUUCUCAAUUCUGUAAUUUAGAAGGAAGUUAGAAACAGUAGAGAUCAAUUCUGUUUUUUCAGUAAAAAUACAUGCCUCUAAAGAUUUUCAUCUCGAGGACACGCGGAUCAUUUGGAUCACAUUCUGAGAGUUCGUUAGCAAUUUAGCAUCAGUUAAGCUAUGGGAAAACAGAAGCACUGAGAUUUUGGUCUACGCUGAAAUGGAGAAGCUAUUUAGCUCAUGUAUGCUGCUCUCUCAGUUCUCAACCAUUCUCGACAUGUCAUGCAAACCUCUGUUCCAUUUUCUCUCUGUGGAUGUGGAAUUAGAUUUAGAUUGCUUACUGAUUGUGCAUGAGUUCAACAGAGUGAAGGCUCUGCCGAAUGAGGUUGGUGAUGAUAGUGAGGAGUUUUGGGCCGAGCUCCAGAUGUUGAGCUAGAGAUCUGUUGUAGGUUCUCUGGUCCGGAUAGUAAUAAGUCUGCACCUCUCCUGGUUCUGGCCCAUACUCUGUGUGAACGCCGAAUGGUAUGAAGAGGAAAAUCUGGGUAGAUAGGUCAUCCAUUUUAUUGAUCCAACAAUUGUGGGCGAUUUGUAUGGGUUCAAAGUUCAAAUUCGAGCUCAAUGGACAUUUUUAUAAAAAGGUCACACUUAGACAGAGGAAAUAAUUUGUCCACAUUAAGUGAGGAUAGGGUCGAGGAAGAAGGUUGGUUCAAAAAGUGAGUUUAAAAGGCGACACAAUGUUUCACGCGAAACCAAAUAUCUACGUUGGUAUCGAAUCGUUUCGGACGAAGUUGAUUUGAUUUUUUCGCGGUGGAAACUCUUGCGGUGCCGUUUGAUCGGAUGCACCACUGACUGCUGAAAUCAAAAUGACCGUUAAAUAUCCAUCGGGCGGUGUUGAUUUGAUCGGUGCACCUCUGACUUCUCAAAACCAAGACGAUCGUCAAAUAUCCACCGGGCGGUGUUGAUUUGAUAGAUGCACCUCUGACUUCUAACCAAGAACGACUGUUACUCGGUUCACACCUCUUCAAACAAUGUUCGAACGGGGGUAUUUGAAUUUUUGGGGAAUCUACGUUAAAACUACUCCUAUGGAGAUUCGUGUGGAGAGCUCCGUGACUACGACUACUGCUACGACUAUGGAGAUCCUUCUUGGGAGGAGAGCUCCGCAAGGGAGUUACAGAGAAAAGGUAAGUUUGACAGAUAAGUUUCUGUGUUAUUUUUUGUUUGUUCUUCUCUCUCCUUGCUUCGGUGAUUUUAUCUAAAUCACUUUCGUAGUCUUCAUGUAACUUCUCUGUGGAACUGCUUUGUAACCGCCUUGCUCUUAUCUUCAACUUGUUUCUUGUGAGACUCACAUGCCUUCCAAGAUCUGCACCACGGUUCGAACCAUCACCUCACCAUCGAUUAAAACAACAUUGUCGUUUCACUCCUCGCCACUGCGUAAUCGCCCUAGAUUGUUGAUCUCUCGGCGUCGUAGACCACACAAGGUCUAAACUCGCAACAUCGUUGAUCUCGCAACAUUGUUGAGCUCGCAGCCUCGUCAACCACACGAUGUUGUUGGUUCCCACCUUGAGCUGCGACGUUGUUCUCCUUCUUAUAGAGAUCGAGCUCAUAAAAUCAACAUCGUGGUUUGAAACGCCACGCCACAUGGCCUCGAUGCGAAGUCGUCGGAUCCCCAAACUAGUUUGGGCAAAAUGACAUUGUUGUUUGCCUCCACAACAUCGCCGAACUAGUAAAAUCACUUAGCUCGC